AUGAUAUAAUAGAUUAAAUAUUACGAAGAAUUAGAAGAAUUUAAAAGCUCUUCACUUUUAUCUCAUUAGGUUCUCCAUAUUAAUUUGAGGCUUAAUUCAAUUGAUGAUGAAGGUGUAUCAGGCUUAGGUUCUGCUUUAGUAAAUUGCAUUAAUCUCUCAAAUUUGACACUUUACCUUGGGUAUAAUUAUAUUGGUGAUAGAAUAGAAUAGAAAUACUCGCACAUAUAAAUGCACUCAGAAUACAACUUAAAAUUAAUUUUUAUAAUGUUUAUAUAUUUAUUUAUUUAAUUAUCAUAUCAGUGGUAUGCUUUAGCUCGUUUAUUGCGUUUAACUCGUUUAUAUCGUUUAGCUCGUUUUUUGGAAAGUUUUUUUUAAAUUGGUGCAAUUGGUGCAUCAGGCUUAGGUUCCUCUUUAGCAAAUUGCAUUAAUCUCUCAAAUUUGACACUUGAGCUUAGGUAUAAUUAAAUUGGUGACGAAGGUGCAUCAGGCUUAGGUUCUGCUUUAGCAAAUUGCAUUAAUCUCUAAAAUUUGACACUUGACCUUUAGUCUAAUUAAAUUGGUGAUAGAAUAGAAUAGAAUACUCGCACAUAAAUAUGCACUCAGAAUACAUCUUAAACAAUUAGUUUUAUAAUAGUUAUAUAUUAAAUGUGUUUAUAUUUUUAUUUUUUGACUUACUCAGAAUAAAUUGGUGAUGAAGGUGCAUCAGGCUUAGGUUCCUCUUUAGCAAAUUGCAUUAAUCUCUCAAAUUUGAACCUUGACCUUUAGUCUAAUUAAAUUGGUGAUGAAGGUGCAUCAGGCUUAGGUUGUGCUUUAGCAAAUUGCAUUAAUCUCUCAAAUUUGACACUUGACCUUGAGUCUAAUUAAAUUGGUGAUGAAGGUGCAUCAGGCUUAGGUUCUGCUUUAGCAAAUUGCAUUAAUCUCUCAAAUUUGACACUUUACCUUGGCUCAAUGAAUGAAUCAUAAGAACUCAAGGUAAAAAGCAAAUGUCUUAAAUCAAAAAGAUUAGUUGUCUUUGAUUUCUAAUGA